AUGACGACGAUGCUUUCAGGAGUUCCAACUAUCGUCAAGACAAAUAUUUUGAUACGAAGCAUGGGACCAGUAAGCGAGUUAAACAUGGAUUACUCAAUGGACUGCUACUUUCGACAAUAUUGGCGUGACAAAAGAUUAAGUUUUAAAUCUCCAAUUAAAAGCUUAUCAUUGAGUAUUAAAAUGUUAGAAAGAAUGUGGAAACCUGACACAUAUUUUUACAAUGCUAAAAAGUCGCAUAUACACACAAUUACCGUGCCAAAUAAGUUGCUAAGAUUGUCAGACAAUGGUGACAUUCUUUAUUCGAUGAGACUCACGAUAAGAGCUUCUUGUCCUAUGCAAUUGCGUAACUUCCCAAUGGACCGUCAAAGUUGUCCGUUGAUUCUUGGAAGUUAUGCUUACACAAAUAAAGAACUUAUCUAUGAAUGGUAUAACAACAAUUCAGUAAACUUUGAACCUGGAAUGGCAUUAAGUCAGUUCGACUUAAUAAGUUUUCGACAACAAAAUUUGACAUUUACAAGGAGGGAAGGAGAUUUCUCGACUCUCCAAGUUUCUUUUAAUCUUCAACGUCAUACUGGAUAUUUCCUUAUUCAGGUUUAUGUUCCAUGCAUUCUCAUCGUUAUUCUAUCGUGGGUAUCAUUUUGGAUUCAUCGUGAAGCGACAAGUGACAGAGUUGGUUUGUGCAUAACAACUGUUCUUACACUCUCAACCAUCUCACUUGAUUCACGAAAAGAUUUGCCCAAAGUUCGUUAUGCAACAGCUCUCGAUUGGUUUCUGUUGAUGAGUUUCUUUUACUGCAUCGCGACAUUAUUGGAGUUUGCUGGCGUUCAUUACUUUACUAAAGUUGGAAGUGGAGAAAUUCCAGUGUCGGAUGAUGAAGAUGAAUGGGAAAGUGUUGAAGAAAUUGAAGAUAUCGGCGGACAUUUAAACAAUUUACUGAUAUCAACUCGUGAAUCUCCACAACGUUUGAUGAAUCUGAACAACCGAUUAAAAAAUUCCUUAAUUUGUCCAAUCUAUAAUGAAGCUGAUUUUAGAAAUGCUUACGAUUUUUCAGCUUCUGGAUCACAAUCUGGAACUCACUCACAACUCUCGACAAUGGAACGAACCACACAAACUGAUGCACCAAGGAAACCCAAAUGGAAGCAAUUCUGGUUAUGUUUCAUCGGGAAUGACGAUUUUAGGAAACAAAGAGCUAGAGAAGCGACAAGUGGAUCCAAGAAACAUGUCAAUUCUGUUUCAUUGAUUGACCGAGGUGCGAGAAUAUUUUUCCCAGCAUCGUUUGGAAUUCUGAAUCUGCUUUACUGGUUGUUCUUGUACUACCAUGACUACUUUCAUUGGACACAUUCUGUUUAAUAUGAAUACUUUUAAUUACUCACUCAUUCGCAUUUAAUUGUUUAUUAAUGAAUUUAGUAUCUAACAAUUCAAUUAAUGCUCCAGAAUGAAUAUUAGCUGAAGUGAUUCAAAUUCUUGUUAAUGUUCAUGAAUAAAAUAAAUAAUAACUUAAAUUUGUUUCUUCA